AUGGCGGACGAUAAGAUGUACAUAUCGUACAACAACAUACACCAGUUAUGUCAAGAAUCUGCUGACAAAAUUAAACAAUUUAACCCAGACUUGAUCAUUGCUAUUGGUGGUGGAGGGUUCAUUCCAGCUAGGAUGUUGCGUUCAUUCUUGAAAGAGCCCGGUCAGCCCAAUGUAAGAAUUAUGGCAAUUAUCUUGUCUCUUUAUGAGGAAGUGGUGAAUUCAGACGGAAUAGAGGAAAAACCAGGUACUCAAGUAGUGAGAACACAAUGGAUUGAUUAUAAUCAAUCCAAAGUUGAUUUGGUUGGUAAGAAUAUUUUGAUUAUUGAUGAAGUGGAUGACACUAGAACCACUUUACAUUAUGCCGUAUCGGAAUUGAAGAAAGAUGUUGAAGAGCAAGCAAAAGCUAAAAAUGCUGAUCCAAAGGAUACUAAAUUUGGUAUAUUUGUCUUGCAUGAUAAAAAGAAGACAAAAAAGGCAGAUUUACCAGAUGAUAUUAUGAAGACGGGAAACUAUUUUGCUGCUAGAACUGUGCCCGAUUGUUGGAUUGCUUAUCCUUGGGAAUCAACUGAUAUUGUGUACCACCAGAAGAAGGCAGAAGAGCAAGGAAAUGAUGUCUUUCUUCCUUCAACAACUAAAGAGUAA